AUGCCAUCAAAAUCAGAGGGAUUUGGUCUUGUCGCACUUGAAGCCUUAUCUGCAGGCCUCCCCAUUCUUGUGGGCAGUAGGUCAGGAUUUGCCAAAGCAUUAGAAAAUAUUCCUCAUGGUUAUUCAUGCAUCGUGUAUUCAGAUGAUCCUGCAGAGUGGGCAAAAUCAAUUGAAGGUGUUCGUAUCAGACAUGGAAUGCGGCUUAGAGAGAUCAAAGCUCUGAAAGUAUCCUAUGGAGAGAUGUACAGUUGGAGAAAGCAAUGUGACGCCCUUGUGGAGAGGAUGUGGAAAAUGAUCCAUGGUAUGUUUGAACUAUAUACUGGCUUAUGUUUGAACAUUUUUAGUACAUGUAAUAAUGGUAAGAUAAUUUAGUUCGUUGUAUCUUAUCGUGGCACAGGAUGGUCUAUACUUGUCUUAAUAGACUCCCCAGGUCUUGGACGCAGGUCACCGAAAAGUGCUUUGGGUAAUUGAGGUACAUUUACUACCCUUUGUUGAGCUCAAUAGUUAUCGCUAAAUGUUUUAAAUGAGAAGUAAAGCACGUUGGAAUAAGCUGUUCAGAACACUAUCUGCAUUCAACAUUAGCGACAACAAUAUAGACGAAAUAAUUAGCUAUAAAUUUCUCAAGAAUUUCCUACAAAAAGUUAUUCUUGAUUUGAUGUGUAUCUUAAAAGCCUAUUUUUUCAUUAAACAUCAUCCUGAUGUAAUAAUUUUAAUAAAAUUGCCGUCAUAACAAAAGUUUGUUUUCACAGGAUCCUCUGCGAAAGAAAACAAAAACCGAAGAACAGACGCCCCUGCUGAUGACGAUCGGCUUGUUUCCGAAACGUCCCCUGGUAGUAACUCUGAAAAGAAAGUUGAUGCUGCAUCAGGAAGUCAAACCGAAAUGUCCACAAAUACAGACUCUCCGUCUCAAAAUAGCCGUAAGGGUAAACUUUCAGGAUCUUCCCGUGACCCAGGUAUGAAUUUUUUUCUCUCUACUGCUCACUCACAUGACUCUGAAGGGUGGGAUGAUUUGUUAGAUUUCACAGAGGUGCUUUUUUGAUAGAGAUGUUUCAGUACUGUCUGAUCUUUUUUCGCCGAAUUUUAGCGUUUUAUUAGACCCGAACGGGAUUCUGCCGGAAUUUCGAUAAUACGUUCCUCAGUGGUGUCGUUUUUAUUUCCAGACAUCGUUAUCAACCACAGUUACCAGGACCUGAGUAAUGAACAGGAAGAAAUAGUUCAUGACUUUCUAUCACGUCACAUACAAGUGUACAUCAAGCAUCGCAAGGUUGCAAGAGCUGAUGAAGUGUCUGCUCUGAUCAAACAUAUAGAAAAGACGUACGACUUGGCCUUGGAAUCUGUUGGUGUGGGCUCUCUGGAGAUGAAAUUUCGAUGCCCCACCCUAGAGAGCCUUGAGCAUUUGUGGAGUGACUAUCAGUCAGGUUACCUUAAUGAGAUUGCUGAGAAAUAUCUUGUGACCAGUGACAUAAAGGAGAAGCUGAACUUGGAGACUGUCAGGUUAAAGACAACAAUUGAAGAUGAAAACUACCGGAAUUGCAGGAAGAUCCUAAUGGAAAAGUCAUGUAAGUUUGAGAGUUCUCUUACAGUUUAUGUUACAGAUUUAUCUACAACAAAUUGAUUAGUACCAUUUACUUACAGUGGGUCAAAAUUGACGGGGGCACAUUCUUCACUGAACGUCCUGUUUAAGAUCCAUCCAGGACAGGAUUGUUCAAAGCUGGGCAAGGAUAACCCAGGCUUAGUGCGAAAUUUGAACUCGGAUGUAAAAGCUUAAAAAACGAGUUCAUUCGUAUUCUUUUCGUCUACAAUUUGAUGAUUGGAUACGCUAAAAUUAAUAGCAAAAAUUAUCCGACGAAAUGCUUUUGAACGAAAGAAAAAGAAACUCGGUUUAAAAUUUAACCCCGGGUUAGCCGCCGCUAAUCAGCGUUCAAACAAGUUGGCCAGGGUGAAAAGAGACAGGGUUUGGUGGCCGUUGUGGAGUGUUUUAUAAUUGAGGGUAUAGCAUUUGAGUGAGAAUGAGGCUGAUGCUUCUGAGAUUACAUGUGAUUACAAUUCUGAAACAGCUGGUACUUAUUACCUGAAAGAUUGAAAAUACGUGACGAAAGUAUGGUAGACUAGAGGUAAUCAUUGAUUACGGAUCCGCGUUCGUCACUCACGGAAACGAAAUUCGGCAGUCGCCCGCGAUACCUCGAAAAUGUGUGGCUUUGUAGCACAGGAACACCAAGAUUAGGAUGCGUUUUGACGAACGGAAUAACUAGCUUUAUCUCAUUGUGUGUUAACAGUGUUAACAAGCAGCAGUGGCUUUUCACCGUCAACUGAAUCAGAUCAAGGAAGAGAGGACUCUUUACGGAUCGUCACAAGCUCAGGUGUUCUUAAGGUGGGAUAGUGUUUAUUGUUAAUUAAUAACGCAUUAAUGAAUAGCAACUGAGGUCAAGUAAAUCGGAAAACCCUUGUUUUAAAUACUCUGAAGUCUCUUCUUACUUUUCGAGAAUUUUUGAAUUUUAAACGGUUCUGACGCUAAAACGUAUUUCAUGUUUUAGUGCUGCCCGUGAUUGUACAUUGAGGUGUAUGAGGGUCUCAAUGGGGUGGUGGCUUUUACGGUUAUAGGCUAACAUUUUUGGCUCUAUUACGGCUGUCGGUUAAUUUAUUUCAGUUACGGUUAACAAAAAAGUUAAAAAUUAAUUUCUUUUGUUUCAAAUAGAUAAAUAUCAAUAGACCUGUGUUUUUUGAGUCUUUAAGCAAAAUCAUCUCGAGAUGAAACAAGUUAUUCUUUUGAAGCAUUUUAACAUUUGAUAGAUCAUACUUAUAAGUAUUCCACUUCUAAUAUUAUUUUACCCAUAGAAAUGUCAACGGUUACUUUUACAAAUCUAGGGAACAGUUUCUUUUACGGUUAACCUUUUUUUUACCCUAUUUACGACUAACGGUUAACAUUUUUCAACUUUUACGGCUAUCGACUAAGUUUUUGGACGUUUUACGCCAAUCGGUUAACCCCAUUAAGACUCUCGUAUAGUGCUUGCAUCUUCUAAAUUUGGUCAGCGCCAGCUGGUUUUGAAGAAUUAGUCAGGAGAUUAAAGCCACUAAAAAACGGCGAAAUGUUUUGAAAGAAUAACAAAUUUGUUUAAUCAUGUUCCUAGGAUAAGAAGCAGGUCCUGACCCAUAUAGAGAGAGCUGAGAAAGCAAAAGUAAGUUGAAUGGCAUAUGUAUUGUAGUGUGCGCACGUUGUCCAUUUAAUCAAGGGAAAACAAAUAUGAAAACUUUAAUCAAUGAAAGAUUUCGAAAUUCCAUAGUAUUAACGACUUUCUCAUAGCACAGCCUUAAUUAUGAGUGGGAACAUUGUCAUUUUACUGUAUACAACAGCGAACGCCCUCACAGUAGGACGACAUGAGGGGACUUUUCACAGGAUUGAUGUGUUGUUAGUGUCUCCAGUAUUUGUAGGUUCGCCCACGAAAAUUUAAACAGUGGCCAUAUUGUUCGAGGUGACACUUGAUCUAGAAAUUCGUGUCCGCCAUCAAUCCACGUGCUGCGCGCGCAUGAACUUACAAACCUCGGCUUUGCAGAAAUGUUGAACUUCCCCGCGCGUAAAAGCCAUUAUUAUACAUUGUACCCACUAUCUGUCUUCUCAUUAGCUAAGAGCCUUCAGCAAAUUUUGGUAAUCAGCGCAACCUAGUUAAUCUGUAGGUUGUGCGCGCAAUGCAUGAUUUUCAAUAACAGUAUCAAUUCAAUCAAUCAAUUCUUAUAUUCAGAUGAUCCUGCAGAAUGGGCAAAAUCCCGUAGAGUAUUUGUUGUCAAUUUAUGCUCGAUCUUUAGGCUAUAGUUCCUCAAUUUGUAAAGCCAAAAUAAAAAAUUCAGAUAUGCAAAGAAAACAAAAAGCCACCGUAGUAAGCACGCCUUGGUAUUGACGAACUUUUUUUUCUGUAUGCUAAAACAAAAAUUUAUCAUGGUUGUCUACUUUUUCGUGAUCGUUUUUGCCAUGGUUAGUAAAGCCAACGCAAAAACAAUCAGAUAAUAUUUUCCCUAUUUUUUCACAUAUUUCCAACACUGAGAAUUUGCUUAUUCUUAUUCUUGAUGGUGCCAAAAGGAUUAAUUGAAAUAAAAAUAAAAAUGUGGGGUCACCGCGCUUGGUUUUGAAUCAGGGAAGUGAAGUUAAAAUUACUUCACAAUAUCCUGUGCGCUAAAAGUUUAUUUUUUAAAAUGAAAAAAGAAGACUCUCCAUGAUGCCCCUUUUGACCAAUGAAUCACACCAUCGCACAUCUUUUCACUGAAUGCACAUAAGCCAUUUCGUUCUGGAAAGAGUUUCUAGAUUAGGCCUCGCGCAUGGUGAACUCAAGAAUAUCUCUCUCAAAAAACGAAAUUAUGUUUGGUAUUAUUCAUCAAAUUCUACAUUCUGCUAGCCCUCAAUCAUUUAGUUAUUAUAGGAAAGUAUUUCCUCUAUGUAAAUGCUCUUAACAGCAAAGAUUAUGUCUUGCAUAAAAGAUUAAAGUAGAAAAAUACAUUUCGUGUACGUCCGGCCGUGAAAAGGAAUUAAGACGUAAUUGUCUACUUUCUAUUCUGUGUUUAAAACUCCUAAUUUUCCCCUUAAUUGCGUAACCAUGAAAUUUUUGUAUUAUUAUUAAUUGUUAUUAUCAUGUAAGAUUAGGGUUAAUGUACGUUUUGUUGUAAUUAUAUAAUGGCUGGCAGUAAUUAUUGUAUGCCUUUCUUUUUUCUUUCUUUUGUUUGCAAACGACAUACUGUUAGUUUAAUGUGUAAGCUGUUUCUCACUGUUAGCAUUACGUAUGUAGCUAUAAUUUCUCUUUAUCGCAAUAUUUUGUAUUGUUAGUGUAAUUUGAGUAAGAUUUGAAUAAAGUGAAAAAAAAUAUGGAGACAAUAUACCAUCGUAUCAAUGGUAUGUUGCUCGCGUUUUCUAAAUUUGGUCAGUGCCAGCUGGUUAUGAAGAAUUAGCCAGGAUAUUAAGGCCAGUAAAGUAAAAACGGUGAAUUAUUUUAAAUGAAUAACAAAUUUGUUUAAUCAUCCUAGGACAAGAAGCAGGUCCUGAGCCAUAUGGAGAGAGCUGAGAAGACAAAAGUAAGUUCCGUGGUAUAUUUAACAAUUAUUCCAUGAGCACGCGUUGGACAUGAGGUGGUAAAUAGCCAACGAGGCGCGUAGCGCCGAGUUGGCUAUAACUAUCUCAUAUCCAACAAGCGCGAAUGGAAUUAUUGUUGUAUUAAAUUUUUUAAAACUCCAAACGUCUGGUUAUUACAAAUGAGUUUUAGUAAAUUUCAUUUUAAAUAUUACAAAACGACCGGAUAUUAAUGCAGCUUCCGGUAAACUAAGGGAUAAUCAGAUGACAUGCGCGCCGUUUGCGAAUUUAGUUGAAGGAAAAUCUGAAAGUGAAGGACGCUGUGCUUAAAUUAUUCUCGACAAGUACUGUUUUCGCUUUCCCCCGUUGUGACUGUGAAAUUUGACGCUGGAUACGUCGACCUGAUUGCUCUUCAAUUUCGUUUCCUUCCUCCACUGAAUCGGAGCUGCACAAAGACCUAGCUUCAUUAAUCAAUCAAUUUGAUGUUGUUGUUGUUGUUCAAUAGAAAGCAGUUCGUUUUAUAGACUACGAGUAGUCCCCCAUUUUUCCUCAGGGAGAGUAGAGCGAACGAAACGCGAGCGCGCGUGAAAAUCACCCCACGCGAGAAAAGGCGACACGCGGCGGGCAGAGAGAAAAAUUUUUCUCUCUCCCCACCGCGAGUCGCCUUUUCUCGCGUGGGGUGAUUUUCACGCGCGCUCGCGUUUCGUUCGCUCUACUCUCCCUGAGGAAAAAUGGGGGACUACUCGUAGUCUAUUCGUUGUAGGAUUUACUUGAGGCCUGUUGGUCCAUUAUGGACUUGCGAAAGUGUUAAGAGGUGUAAAAGCUUUUCAAACACGCAGAAAAUCUGCUAAUGGUUUUGAAAACUUAAGGUAAACUUUGUUGUUGUUGUUACACAAUUCAGCUCGACCUACGGAAGAAUUAGGCUUAUAACUUCUUUAAAUUUGUGAGGAAACUUCGGAGUACCAUUAAAUAAUUUCAAACCAAAGUUUGUAGCUUUUUUGUCGCUGCCGGUAUGGCAUUUUUUGUCUUUUUCUGUUGUUUUGUCGGUAGAAAGCUCGCGAAAUCUACUUUUUUGUGUCGCUUUGCCCGAGAGAAACUUUGUUGUUUUCUAUAUAAGAUCAAACUAAGGUAUAUCAGCUGCUAACAGAGGUUAAGUGAACCAAUCAGAAUGCUAGAAGUGCAUUAUCUGAGGUUGAAAAUUUAAUAAAAUAAUAUAUUUUAGUGUGCUCUUGUUGUCCAUUCACUGAAGGGAAAACAAUUAGGACGCCGGGAGGACUUUUUACAGUAUUGUAGAGUUACAGAUACCCUAUUUAUUCGAAUAAGCGCCCAGCCUCGAAUAAGCGCCCACACCCAACCCCACCCCGUUUCACUCCCACUCAAACUCCACUAAGCACCCAUCCCCACCCCAACCUCUUCCCCUUCCCAGAGACUUCCCCGAAGAAAGGGCCAGUUAUUUAAACGGAGUUUAACCAGUGUUUACCAAAACCGCGUUCUAAGUCACUUUCAGCUUGUCCAACGCUUUUAUAUAAACACCAUUUGUCGUGAACAGUUUAACUAGAGCAUAUAGUGUAGACUAGAAAAGUAUUUACCUUCUAAAAUGAACCAAGAGAUUAUAGCCAACCCGUAGUUUUCUUCAGAGGAAUUUACAGAAACCUUGCUUUGUCACAUCUUCGCGUUUUGUUAUUAACAUUUUUUGUUUUGUUGCAAAAUAAACAUACUACACUUGCUGAAAAUGUUAAAAAUUUAAUAAGCGCCCGGCCUGGAAUAAGCGCCCACCUCGAAUAAGCGCCCACUCUCAAGAUCCAAAAACUUAAUAAGCGCCCAGGGCGGUUAAUUGAAUAAAUACGGUAGUUAAGUUAUCGGAAUGGAUAGGAAUUGGCUAGUGAAUGCUGGCAGCAAUACGAGUCCACGCUCAAGCCACGUGCUGCGCGGGCGCGAAUUUAUAAACCUCGGCUUUGCAGGGUCCGUGUGAAAAGCCAUUACUUUACGUUGAUUGUUUUGUCAUCACAAGGCAUAGAGACGAUAAACGAAAAUCAUAAAAAACAGUACCUCGUUUUCUCUUAUUUAGGUUUCUUCUCUUGACAUGAUUUAGGUCUGGAAGAGGCGGUUAUCAGCUAUAACUCAAGUAUUGUAAGGGGCAGUUUAUAUGAUACCGGGAUGACUUUCAUUCCGGAAUAAGUUCGUUCCAGAAAGAACAUCGUACUGCAUUCACAUGUUAAAAUCGAAAGUCUCAGCCUAUGGCGACAAUCUCGCCAUGUUUUCGCACUAGAUAAGAUACGCAUCCGUCACUCGCCCCAGACUACACGAUUGCGAGUUUCAAUGCGGAACGAACUGUGUUUAUAGUUUAAAUGAUUUCAGUUUACAUCACACCCAAACGAAAGUUUCAUUCGGAUUGAAGACCGGACUGAACUCAUUCCGGAAUGACUUGUACGGGAGCAAAAUUUCUUCUCGGUAUCUUCUGAACAGAUGCAAAGAAAGAUACGAAGAUGGCAUGAACUUGUUGCGGAAUUAAAGUUAUUCCGGUUUCAUGUAAACAGCCCCUAAGGUGUGUAGACUGAUGGAUCUUUAUUUACCUUCUAAAUAAAUACAGGCGUCAAGAGGCCCUCUACACAAGGCUGCUAUUAGUGGACAAUGCGAGACGGUCAAAAUGCUUCUUGACAAUGGUGAAGAUGUGGAUCAAAGAGAUCAGGUUUUAUUUUAGUGUUUUUGGUUAUCAGGUAAAGAAUUUGAUGGGUAAUAUGGACCUUAAGGUGGCUCGACUGGAUUUUUUGGGGUUGAUACCUCCCAACUUUGAGCAUUAACUACGUCGGCAUGAGUAAAGAUAUGGAAAAAAGGUUACCACAACUGUAUUAUAUAAAGAUGAAAAUUUCUUAUGAUCUGGGUUUUCUUGCAAUCGGAGUCGCCAUGGCAACGUAAUGACGCCAUUACGUUUUUCAUUUAUCUUUGUGUUUCUCUGUUCCAGGAGUUUUUUGAAGAAAUCGCUUUAGGGAGUAUGUACCUGCUAUAAUUGCCGCCAUUAUGGCAUAGUUUAAACAAAUUCUAUGAGAGCGUUUUCGAAAUAUUUUGAAAUGUAGUUUUAAGAAUAAUAAAAACGGUGAAAUAGCAUGCUAGCCACACAAUUCGCUAAUAUUUUAAGAAAAUGAUAAGCUUUGGGAACGAGGCGUCAUCUCAUAGUGGUUUGAUUCCAUUGAAAACUGCAUACAAAAAAAGAGGGGAAUUGCUCUGGGCGAUCGCGAGUAAGAAGAAUUUUAUUAACUUGCACUCAGCUGCUUUUGAUACAGUUUUGGACGUAAUUUGGUCCAAGCCUAAAAAUUUCGCAUUUUCCAAAAACCGCUCGAUAAAUUUUUUUUAUAAAUUCGACAAUCCCGAGAUCAAUUGUCAAGAAAUAUUCCCUGCAAGUUUCAAGAACAUUGAAAAUAGGGAAGGCUUUUAAAUAGGGCCUCAAAUAUGACCAAUUUUCCCCCCAGAUUUUGUGUUUACAAGUUAGCGUCCUUAUUAUUCACUGGCAUUGUUUUCAAGUUUCAUAUGCACGUGCACAACUAGCAAAAGAUAUAAAUUUGCAUCAAAAAGAACUCUCGAUUAUUUUCCGAAGAAAUAUCCGGAAUAUUCUAAUAAUUGGCUUGACGUCACAGAUAGCAGUGAGAGCCGAAACGGUGAACGUCACGGCUCAUCGUCUAGGAUGGAAUAUUUAAUUAUCUUACUCGGGUUAUAACAUCACAGAAACUCUCACAAAGAGUUGCUCUGAUGUUAUAAUGUAUCAUUAAUCUCUUUACCCGGUAAUUAGCAUAUCCCGGAGAUUUAACCGAGGGUCCUUUUUGAUGCAAAUUCUAUCUUUUUGCUAAAUGUGCACGUGUAUAUGAAACUUGAAAACAAUGCCAGUGAAUAAUGAGGACGCUCACUUGUAAACACAAAAUCUGGGGGGAAAAUUGGCUAUAUUUGAGGCCCUAUUUAAAAGCCUUCCCUAUUUUCAAUGUUCUUAAAACUUGCAGGGAAUAUUUCUUGACAAUUGAUCUCGGGAUUGUCGAAUUUAUAAAAAAAUUUAUCGAGCGGUUUUUGGAAAAAUGCGAAAUUUGUAGGCAUGGACCAAAUUACGUCCAAAAACUGUAUCAAAGGUAGCUAAAUGCAAGUUAAUAAAAUUAUUCUUACUCGCGAUCGCCCAGAGCAAUUCCCCUCUUUUUUCGUAUGCAGUUUUCAAUGGAAUCAAACCACUAUGAGAUGAAGCCUCGUUCCCAAAGCUUAUCAUUUUCUUAAAAUAUUAGUGAAUUGUGUGGCUAGCAUGCUAUUUCACUGUUUUUAUUAUUCUUAAAACUACAUUUCAAAAUAUUUCGAAAACGCUCUCAUAGAAUUUGUUUAAACUAUGCCAUAAUGGAGGCAAUUAUAGCAGGUACAUACUACCUAAAGCGAUUUCUUCAAAAAACUCCUGGAACAGAGAAACACAAAGAUAAAUGAAAAACGUAAUGGCGUCAUUACGUUGCCAUGGCGACUCCGAUUGCAAAAAAACCCAGAUCAUAAGAAAUUUUCAUCUUUAUAUAAUACAGUUGUGGUAACCUUUUUUCCAUAUCUUUACUCAUGUCGACGUAGUUAAUGCUCAAAGUUGGGAGGUAUCAACCCCAAAAAAUCCAGUCGAGCCACCUUAAAGCUGGUCUAAGCUGGUCUAAGCCGCUUUAGGGCAGCAUUGUAUGAUUAUCUGUUCCCAACCCGACGCCUAGCUUUUCUUCGCUCGAUAUUGGAGUCAGCUGGGUCGAGUUCCUAGCCUUUUUCGUAAGGAAACUUAUCGUUAAUUCUUCAACAAUUGUUGCGUUUUGGGAUAUAGGCUGUAAAGUUCUGUUUCAAAAUUGAUUUGUCAGAGAGACGUUUAUCUAUGGGUUGACCUUUGAAAGAAUUUCAAGAAAUCAAAUAAAAAGGAUGUAAGAUAGUCUUAAGCUUACUGGGAAACUGAGUCCAACAAUGUCGAAUAAUUUUGUUAGUUCCCUGUUAUAACCUUCACUUGCUCUGUUUAUCUUUUCGUUAGUUUUCUCUGACUCCUCUUCAUCUUGCCUGUUGGUAUGGACAGGAAUCUGUUGUCAAAUUGUUGUUAGAACAGGGUGCGAACGUCAACGCUGAAGACAGAGUAAGUUCAGUCGAUGGUUAAACGUUUCUGACCUUGAAUAAAGAGGCUUUUUUUAAAUUAGCUGUCGUUCUGUAAGCGAAAGUAAGAUUAAGGAUUUAUUAAUUGAAAUUUCACAUCUCUUAAACCCCUUGCAAUGUGAAAUUGGCGUUUUAUAACAGCUUAGGUUUUUGUAACCUCGCGUUGCAUCUCUAAUUUUAGUUAUAUUCUUCUCUUUUUAUGUAUGAAAAUGAUACAAAAAAAGCACUGAAAGAGUUAAAGCUCUAAAGUGUGAAAAAACAACAACGGAAUAAUGAAAUAAAAUACUGUUGAAUUUGAAAACAACAUGUUUGGCGAUUAAUUUUGACAAGAGUGAAAUACUUUUAAUGGUAAUCUUGUUUCACAGAAGGAAACCUAACUCGCCUUCUUUUUAAAAUAUUAAAUUGGCUUUGUUGUUUAAUAUAAUGGCGCUCGUCCUUGGUAUUGCGUGUUUUUUUUUUAUAAAUCAAUAACACAACCAGGAUAACAAAUUACUAUUUGCUUCACUUUUUCUAGUUUCAACGUACCCCUCUGCAAAAAGCGGAACGCCACAAUCACUACACCAUUGUGCAGUUACUCGUGAACAGUAAUGCAAGGCCAAGUUACCAACAACCGGUAAGAUAUACACUUUAAGGGUGUGCCUGGCUUUCGGUGAAUUAAAGACGAGCCUUCCAUUCAACGGAGAUUCAACACGUUAAGUAAAAUGAUUGGGAAUUGAAGCCUUCAAGACUUUGAAAAUAGCAAAAUGGCCAGAGAAAUGACGCACCUGUAGAAAUCAUUCAGUGAAUUUAUUGUUUCAUUAUCAUGAAAGUUAUGCUGUUAGAGUGGCAGGUAAUAAUUGCCCUUUUUUUCGAUUUUUGUCUACUGAGUGAAUAGUAAUAAAUCUACUGGUUGUUGUGUCGGUUUUUAAAACUCUCGUGGCGAGAAAGGAGCACAAACAACAAGAAAUCUGGACAAGUGAGUGUGCUCGAGGGUUCCUUCUAGGACAUUCAAGGGGCCAAAAAAGCAGGAUAGCAGCGCGCUGCUUUACAAAUCAGUACUACAAAAAAGUGGAUAAAUCGGUGCACACUCCGACUAAUUUCUCAAAGAAACUAGAUUUACAAUGUGAUACUCUACUUGAUUUUUAGGUACAGUAUGAAGGGGUAUUUUAAGCAUUAUUUGAAGUGUACGACGUGUUUCGGAUGUAUCAGUAUCUAUCGCUAGUUCACAUAAUUGUGACCUUAUAUAAAGUUUGAUAACUAACUUUAUGGAUCAUAAUGUUGAAUGUGAUUACGAUUUAAUUUACUUGAAGACUCUUAUUUUCAUGUUCUCUGUCAUUUAUCUUGAUUUCCAUCCACCUUUUGAGUUGUAUUAGCGAAGUUAAUUACAUAAAAUUAUGAUAAUUGUAAUUAGUUAGUCAGAGUGUUUUUACUCGAACCGUGAAAUAGGUAGUAGAAUACUACGCAAUAUUUGUUAGUAUCUGUUUCACGCUUCAAGUAAAAUCACGGCUCUAUAAUGAUCACCUUUUGCAAUGAUCAUCCUUCGUUGUCUAUCUUUAUGUAUGAUUACAAUUUUAUGAACUUUAGUAACCUGACCAUGGAUGUUGAUGUAUCCCAAGCGCGUCGGUUGUGUUCUUUAAAUGUUCAAUUUUCAUUUGACUACUACUGAAUUUCGAUGAACGAUAAAUUAUAUGUGCUAUAUUUUUAUCACCUCAGUUAGAUUCAGAUUCUAGGUAAGUACACUGACUCGUUUUAACUUCUUGCUUGUAGUUAAGUUUAAAGUCACUUGCGGAGAAGGCAUUCUUGCGUGUGGAUACUUGGUCGGGAUUUAACAUGUUCACAGCGGCUGUCGUUGAAGGAAAUUACAACGUUAUUUUGAAGACGCACGGGCUACUCAGUGAUGUAGAAAUAAUGAUGACAGCAGUAGAUGAUACUCUCGCAAAUCUUAAAACCAAAAUGCCUGGUCAUCGCAAAAUUGAAAGCCUUUACCAAGAGACAGUGGAUAAAGUCAAUUCACUGUCAGAGCUACACCGGUGUAAACCCGGUAAUGAUGCGGAGAAGGCAGUAGAGCUUGUGUUACGUGAUGGCCUGGAUAUAAACACCCCUGCAUUGUGCAAUCGCACACCCUUGUUGUGGGCGAGUCUUUCAUCUUCUGGUGAGUUUAUUGAGACCCUUAUCGACCUUGGUGCUAACGUUAACGCUCAAAGAACUGAUGACAAAGAUACACCUUUGACCUUAUCUACUUAUUGGGACAACUUCAUGACAGUGUUCUUGCUUUUGGAUCAUGGAGCUGAUGCUAAUAUCGCUGCAGCUGAUGGAUGUACUCCACUGCACUUGGCAGUGAUCAAGGGUAGCCAAAACCUUGUCAAAUUAUUUCUGGAAAAGAACGCGUUAGUAAAUACUCAGAAUGCUGAUGGCGAUUCACCACUGCACACAGCUGUCAGCAACGGAUUUUUUGAUAUUACCAAGCUUCUGAUUAAAAAGGGAAGCAACGUCAACCUUCUAAAUAAAGAAGGAAGAACCCCUCUUUUUCUUGGUGUAAAGAACAAACAUGAACAGCUCAUCAAACUCUUGACUGAAAACAAGGCUGAUGUAAGUAUUGGAUACAAGGAAAACUCUACAGAAAUGAGGUACAUU